CAGUGUACCGCUGGAGGAGUACUACAUGCUAAUGAGUCCGCUACUGCUUUCUGGUCAACAGGAAGAGCGUCCGUCAGUCCGCCUCGGAGAAGGCUCAGCGCAACACGCACUGACUCCCAUGUAAUUCCAUAUUAUUUGUUUUUUCUCUUUUUGUCGGGGGUUGAACUCCUGAGGAUCGAAUGAAGAAACAAGUUUUACACAUUUUUACGUUUAGAGGAAUUAUCAGUAAAGGUAAAAAAGGUAAAAAGAGAAAAUGGCUAACUUCAUAUUACGAAAGGCCGAACCCAACGACGUGUCCGAUAUAUUGCGAAUGAUCAAGGAACUUGCUAAAUAUGAAGAAAUGGAAGAACAGGUCAUCCUAACCGAGAAAGAACUGCUCGAAGACGGAUUUGGCGAUCACCCUUUCUACCACUGUUUUGUUGGCGAAGUCCCGAAAGAAAAGCAAAGCUCAGAAGGCUUCACUGUGGUGUCCUUUGCCAUGUAUUACUUCACGUAUGACCCUUGGAUUGGAAAGCUUCUCUAUUUAGAGGACUUCUAUGUCAUGGAGGAGUUUCGAGGUUUUGGCAUGGGCUCCCACAUCCUGAGACUCCUGAGCGAGACUGCGGUGAAGACCCGCUGCAGCAGCAUGCAUUUCAUUGUGGCCGAGAACAACACUCCGUCCAUCGAGUUCUACAAGCGGCGUGGAGCCUCCGACCUGUCGAGCGAGGAGGGGUGGCGCCUGUUCGCCAUCGACAAGGAAGACCUGAAGAAGAUGACCACCCCAAAAUAAGAGCUGAUUCAACAUGAUUGAUUAGUAAUCUAGUGGAUGCCUGCAGUGAUUUGCUAGGCUUACAAUAACUGCAUUAGUCAAAAUGUUGUUUUUUCUUCUUUUAUGUGUAACCAUUAAAAAUGGGGUAUUUGUGGAACAUAAUCUAAGAAGGGAAAUUAUCAAUGAUAGAAAGGGAGUAUGAAAUGCUUCAAUAUAGCUAAUAUAAAUGUAAUAUUCAAUAGUUAUUAUGACACUUAAUCAAUGUGUUUUAUUAUACUUUGACACUUUUAAACCCUUAUGUUGUGUUUAGACCAUAAACUAGUAUGCUGAAGUAUUCAACAUGUCAAUCAUUAAUAAAUCAUAAAAAUGACAAGCUGAAUGGAAUAUAUAAUAUAACUAACCCUUUGGGUGAUAUGCCCGAUUAAAAACGAACACAUUAACUUUGAUCUUUGUUGCUUGGACGCAUGUCUUAUGCACACUGAUCAGAUUGAUCUGUCGUUUGUUUUAUCUUUCAACGUAUUCAGUUGUGUCUGCUUGUUAAAUGUAUGUAUUUGCAGUUUUUUUUAACGUAAUGGAAUAUUUGAUUUUUUGCAAAAGGUAAAUAUUGAUUUUUAAGGCUUCAUUAAAGAGAUGUACACACA